GGUGCAGGAGAAAAAGUUGAUGAACAUGGUGUUUUGCUCCUGUUGGUGUAUAGACUAUUGAUUGUUCAAUUUGGAUGACGACGGUCUGGACAGUUGAGAGAGUGACCUCGAGACUCUAGAGCUGUAGUGGAAAUUGGAAUUAUGUUUCUGCGCAUCCGCUCUCCUCUGGUCGAUUAUGGAAACCUUGAACUCAAGUUGGCUUGUGCAGUUGCAUCACCAAAUGUAGGAGUGCUAACGUCGUGACGGCGGGGAAGUCAUCCGUCCCCAAAAACUCCGAACCAGCGAUCAGAUCACUUAUUUCCAAUCGAGCUCAGGCAGCAACGUACUUGCAGAGGUUAAUAACUGUUAUCUAAAUCCAACCUACGAUGGUAUCGCCAUCAAUGCUAUAUGCAGCUCAGAGACACGUUACGGCUCCGAAUUCGAUGAGAACUACCGGGCUACUGUGGAGAUGGAGGAGGAGUAGGGGUUGGGCCGAGAUGGUUUGCCUGUGGAUGGUUUGAAGCGUGGAUGAGGGUGGUACCAAGGCUGUGCUCCUUGGGAAUCCGAAGCCCGUGGGCGCCGUAGACGAAGUCGGUUUGAGGUCUUGUUUGGGGGAGAAUGAUAGGAUUAGAAGCAUGGGACGGAUCCGGGGUGCCCAUGGCGGACGAUCCAGUGGAAGCCCUGUUUGGUCGGUGCGAGAAGCUCGAUUUGAACGAACAGGAAACGGGAGCGGAUGCAGAGGCUGCGGCAGACAGCAACGGAAAUGUGACGGAAGAAGUUGGCGCAAGAAUUGGGGUGGACGAUGCUGCGCCAAUUGAGCCGGUGCCGGAAGCGGCAGGGGUGGAUGAAGCAGCAGGUGCGCCGCAGGGUUCCCGCCCGCAGGCGCAAGCAAAGAAUUGGAGUGAUUUCAGUGCAGUGAGCGCGCGCACGUUGGGGGAGCAGUCGUUUGGGUCGUUCUCAGACUUUCUUGCCAUUCAGCGCGGUUUCCCGCCUGAUGGGCCACUUCAAAGCUCCGGGGCGGUGGAAAAGGGAUUGAAUGUCGAUUUUUUCGAGUGGGGAAGUACGGGAUCGGAACCCUUGGUUGCGGGAGGAAUGGGCGUCAUGGCGACCCAGUUCGAACCGCCCGCCGCGGCAGUGGUUGAGAAAGCAUUGCCCGACAUCUACGAGCGGUCACCUGAUACGGGUACAUCUCUGGCAGGGGCAGAGGUCGCACCGCCUCAAGCAUCAGCGGAGAACGACACUGGAAUCGCGCAGCAGGUGCAAACGUGGUCUGGUCUCCUGGUCCACGGGGGGCAAACUGUGGCGGCGCUUACCGACACCGAGGCAGCACAAAGUUCGGAUCCUUAUCCAGGAUGGCAUUACGAUCAUCAAGCGGGCGAGUGGCGACAGGUUGAGGGCUACGGCACAAUUGCAGCUGGUUCAGAGGAUGCAGGUUAUACUGGAAGGUGUGUGGAGCUGCAUGACUUGCAGGCUAUACCAGAAGCAAACGCUUUUCAGCCGGACGAGGGUCAAACUUCCGUAGAGCAGGAUGGAGGCGUAGCAGGUGAGGUAGGGUUGGGGCAGUCUCAGUCUUGGGAUACGCAAUCUGCUGCAACUCAAACCGUACCAGAUGAGUAUCCGGGUUGGAAAUGGGACUAUGCCGCGCAGACAUGGGUUGCUGUGCCGGAUUUCAUCAAGUCUUGGGAGAGCAGCUCGGAUACUCAAUCUCAGGAUUACAGCGGGCAGCAAUCCUGGCAUGGGCAACAAGAGCAGCAGGCCCAAUCUUACGGCAACGAGUCCAACGAUUUAUCUUACGGUGAGAAGCCGGUUGCUUGUAAUGAGCAGCAGCAGCAGCCUCAGGGAUUGUCGGGAUAUGCAUGUGAUGGUGCAAACGUCAUGGACGAUGGAUACACAUCAGGAGGUGUGAAUUCAGUAAGCACGGAGUCAUCAGCACAUCCGCGCAAAACGAAGCAGUGGCAGUGGGAUCUAACACACAACAAUGCGGCAGCAGGUGAGGCGUCGUUUUUCUAUGCUCCGCAGGUGAAUGGAGAGCGGAAUUGGGGAGUCCCUGCCUUGAACAAACAGGAGCAGUUUGCUAGCCAGAGCUUGGCUUCGGAUUCAUACUCUUCUCCGUAUAGUUAUACCGCAACUUGCGGGCACAACGCUUACACGCAGCAGGCGCAGCAGCCUUGGGGCUACGCCUCACACUUGAAACAGUAUCAGCAAUUCACGAAUCCUACAGCUGCUCCUCCCAAGAGCGUUCAAGAGGCGAUAAGGACUUGCGUGGGGCGACCGCCUGUCUCGCUUGCAGCGUUCGGAUUUGGAGGGAGGUUUAUUUUCAUGAAGCAUAGGGAUCACACAAGUAACGGUGAUCAGGCUUUUGCGAGUGGCGAGGCGUGGAUGCCGGGCCCUAUUCAAGUGUCGAGGCUGAAGACCCACCUUUCUGAGGAAUCAACGUUUGCAGGUCCCUUUCUGGGCGGUGGAGGUAGCCCAAAAGAGUUGAUGAGGUGGAUUGACGAACGGAUGUCUGCUCAAUCACCGUAUGACUCUUCGCGGCUUCUGCUGGGAGUUCUGAAGGUGGCAUGCCAGCAUUAUGGGAAGUUGCGGUCAUCCGGCGUGAACGCGGGGAACUCUGCAAUGGAAGACGGCGGGCCAGAAGCAGCACUAGCAAAGCUGUUGGCAGGUGCUGGAGGUGAGCAAAGUCCAUAUGCAGGAAUGGUUGAGAGGCAUCCUGGAUUGCGUGGAGUGCCCUCGGAGCAGCAACUGCAGGCCACAGCGUCGGAGGUGGAAAAGUCGCUGGUAUGUGGAAAGCGAAAAGAUGCAUUGAGGUGUGCACAGGAGGGCGAGCUGUGGGGUAUUGCGCUCGUGAUUGCUCGACAACUAGGCGAAAAGUUGUUUUGUGACACCGUGACAGAGAUGGCUCGGCGACAGUUUGUAGCUGGGUCUCCUCUACGUACGCUGAGUCUGCUUCUUGCCGGGCAGCCCGCAGAGGUGUUUGCAGCGCCCAGGGCGCAGACAGGAAGUCCGAUGGGUGGAACAGCAGCUGCCAGCGAUGAGAGCCAGGACGAAGAAGGGGCUAUGCUGGACGAGUGGCGAGAGAAUAUUGCCAUGAUGGCAGCCAAUCGCACGCAAGGAGAUGAGCGUGUGAUGUUGCAUCUUGGCGAUCGAUUGUGGGGUGUUCGUGGGGAGGUAGCAGCUGCACAUUUGUGUUAUUUGGUUGCCGAUGCAAAUCUAGCGUCGUACUCUGGAAAUGCAAGGUUGUGUCUGAUUGGUGGUGAUCAUUGCAAGAAUCCCCGAACGUUUGUUACAGCAGAGGCCAUUCAGAGAACAGAGAUUUACGAACACGCGAAAGUGUUGGGGAAACCUCAGAGUGUUGUGAUAUCGUUUCAGCCGUACAAGCUUGUUUAUGCUGAAAUGCUGGUUGAGUGCGGGAAGGCUGGAGACUCACUAAAAUACUGUCAAACGGUGUUGAAAACGUUGAAGUCGGCAGGAAUCCGGAGUCCCGAGGUGGAAGCCUGGAAAGCUCUUGCAACACAAAUGGAGGAGAGGCUUCGGGUGCAUUUGCAGGACGGUCAUGGAUCGAAGUUGGUGGAAAGAAUUAAGGGCACCAUGGAUUGGGGCAUUUUGAAGUUGAUAGGAGGUCCUCCUCCAUCCGGUCCGGCAGCAGGAGAUUCAUUUGGGUACAGAGCGUUGGAUAAGGGGGAUGAUUACGGGGGCCAGAGCUCACGCCCCAAUAGCAGCGGAGGGCAGCGGUCAGGUGCAGAAAUAGCGCCAUCAGUGUGUAUCGCAGGCUCCAUGGAGCGGGUGCCUCAAGAACCGAACCGUGGUCCAGGUCGCAGCCAGUCUGAGUCAGAGUUGGGCAGGAAUGCGAAGCAGGGAGAGACUGAAGGGCAGUCUGGAGUAUCUUCGAGGGCAGGCGGAUUAAGUCUGGGGGGACUCGGUCGGCUGGGCAGCACCUUUCUGCAGAGGGCAAGGGGGCUGUGGAGUUCCAAUAGUAAAGAGGCUAAGUUGGGAGAUGCAAACAAGUUUUAUUACGAUGAGAACCUAAAGAAGUGGGUCGAAGAAGGAGUGGAUCCUGCCCCUGAGAGUGCACCGUUGCCACCUCCACCCACAGCUUCCAGGUUCACGGGAACAAGUCCUUUCCAAGAAGAAGCUCACGGAUCGUCUCAAGCCGUAACUUCAAAACCAGGGACGCCACCCCUAGCACCGAUUGGCGGCAACCAUUACUCCAAUCGUCGGCAAGGUGGUGGCGUUCGGUCUAGGUACGUGGAUACUUUUAACAAGGGGGGUUCAACAGGUCCCGUGAAGUCGGUGACAGGAUCCCUCAUGCCGCCUCCAAUGGCAGGUGCGGGUAUGACGUCAACGGUCGCCAACAUGUUCGUUCCAGGUGCUGCCCCUGGGAGUCCUUUCCAGGAGAACAACGGCGAUGCGGGUGAGAGCUUUGUGGGCGGGUGUUCAAAAAAUGGUGAUGUAGGUGGCUAUGGCGGUCUAUUGUCGGACAGUGCGAGCUCGAAUACCAACAUGGGCGCAGGCGUGGGCUAUCCUCCCCCGACAUAUUGUAUGAACCCCCAGGUGUGGAGCGCAGACAAUGGGCGUGCAUCUUUGAAGGCAGAAAGUGCUGACUUAAGUUCUGAUGGGGCAGCUCGUAUGUUUGGAGGUGCUCAUACGAGGUCUUCUUCAUGGGGGGGUUACCCAAGUUCUUUCCAGGAUGCGCAUGUUCCUGGAGAGGAAGACGUGUUUGGAGCGAGCUGUAGUGGUCGCCACAGGGUGAGUCGGUCGGAGCAGACGGUCGAUGCGGCAUCUUUGUCAGUGGGUCAAUCUGGUUACAGUAAUUUUUCCUUACCUAAGGGUAGCGGGGGAGAUGUUCCGGUGCCUCCUCCACCGCCUUUAGGCGUUCCAAGUACAGGUGGUGAAAAUCGGGAUCUCAGCAGACAUAUGACAGGUCAGCAGUUCGGAGAAAGUCAGUCGGUCGGUUCUGUGACUGGAGAGGAGACGCAGGAGGUAGAGCUUUAGGCUGUGGAAGACGAUGUGGUGAUGCUCGCGAAAGCUGAGGCGCUGAUUUCAAUAUUCUUUCGUCCAGUUUUUUGGAGCAUGAGAUACAGCAACUUAGAAUACACGUGUGCUACAACGCUCGGUAGCAGAAGUACUCACGCUGGUGAAUCUUGUGGCGGUGAUAUGAAUGAGCUAAGUGGGAGGACGAUAGCCGGGCGAUGUCCUCAACUGGCGGACCGAUCGGGUGACAACGGUGGCUGGCGAGGAUAUGGGCCAUUAGCUGUGGCGCAGCAGGCGGAAUGAUGUUGGGGAGAGGAGGGUAGCUGUGUUACGAUGGGCGUAAUGACGCAGCAGACGUUGUAAUGCAAGCACAGUUGGUCCUGUGUUUUUGGUUUUGGUUUUCUUUUCGUGUACAUGUCUUAUUAGCUUGCGAAGCAUAGUUAUCUGUAGGGAAUUAUAAAAUUAGAGGAUGUGACUCACGUACAAAAUCGCAAUUUGUAAUUCAUUUACGACGCAGGUUGUGUUGGGCAGUGGUGUCGCAUUGGUGGGCCAUCAUGUUUGUGCUGUUUGGUUUUUAGUUUUUGUAAGAGGGCGAAUUGAUUGGGCGUAGCAAUGCCUGCAUGUGACGUGUUUUGUUGUGGUGCUGUAUUGCUUGCAGACGAGAUUCAGCGGUUUCCGUAAACAAAUCCUAUAUUUGAAUGCUUCAGUUAUUUAUUUGAUUUGAAAUGUCCAUCCUCCUUUUUGUGGGACAUGCCUUGAAAUUGGUUAGGAUAGAAUUCCGUUUAGAUAAAUUUUCCAUGAAAAUCAUCUUUCCAAAAAUAUAGAUACCGUUGUUUUUAGCUCCUCUAAACCGUAGCCAUUGUUUGCAACUCAGUCUUGCCAUCUUUUGACCGUGAACUCUCUAUCUUCUUUUAGGUUUAGAUUAAGUUUGAAUUUACAUUAUUAAUUUAGUAUUUGAUAUUAUGUUCAAUACAUACUAUCACAAUAAUUCAAUUGCAUAUUAAUUGACAA